AUGGACGACGGGGGAAAGGAAGCGAGGGCGAAGGAGAGGGGACGCUCGACGAAGACGUCAGCGGCGGGAAUGAGAAUGAUGUUGACGCAGCGACAGGUGGGAGAGGAGAGGUCGACGCGGCGAGCGAUGGGGAGGGGAAACGAGGGCGAUGGGAGGGGAAAGACAGGGCGACCGGGGGGGGGGGGGGGGGGAAGCGAGGUCGAUGGGAGGGGGAAAGCGAGGUCGACGGGAGGGGGAAAGCGAGGCCGACGGGUGGGGGAAAGCAAGGUCGACUGGAGGGGGAAAGCGCGGCUGACGGGAAAUGGAAAGCGAGGCCGACGGGAAGGGGGAAGCGAGGGCCGGCAGAGAGAGAGAAAGCGACGGACGGGGGAAGCGAGGACGACAAGCGGGGAAAGCAAGGUGGGCAAAGCGCUAAGAUCUCCCGCUCUGUCCAUUUUCUCCGUGCUUCACACUCGCAUUUAG